AUGGCCCCAUUUGAGGCAUUGUAUGGGAGAAGAUGUAGGUCUCCCAUUGGUUGGUUUGAUGAAUUUGAGGAGAGACCUUGGGGUACCAAUCUUUUGAGUGAAUCGUUAGAGAAAGUGAAAUUCAUACCGAAGAAGCUUCUAGCAGCUCAGAGAAGGCAGAAGGAGUAUGCAGAUCGGAAGGUCAGGGACUUGAAGUUUAUGGAGGGUGAGCAAGUCCUGCUGAAGGGUUCACCCAUGAAGGGUGUGAUGCGGUUUGGUAAGCGAGGUAAGCUUAGUCCGAGGUACAUUGGGCCAUUUGAAUUUCUUAAGCGUGUGGGGGAGGUGGCCUAUGAAUUGGCCUUGCCUCCAAUCUUGUCGGGAGCGCACCUGGUAUUUCAUGUGUCUAUGCUGAAAAAACACCAUGGUGAUGGAAACUACAUUAUUCGUUGGGAUUCAGUCCUGCUCGAUGAGAAUCUAUCUUAUGAGGAGGAGUCUAUAGCUAUUCUAGAUAGGGAGGUCCGCAAGUUGAGGUCAAAGGAGAUUGCAUCUAUCAAGGUUCAGUGGAAGAAUCAGCCAGCUGAAGAGUUCACUUGGGAGAGUGAGGUUGAUAUGCAUGAAAGUUAUCCACAGCUUUUUAUCGAUUCAGGUACCCUUCGUUAA